GCCGCAUCAUUCUGCUCCUGCUCCUCCCAUGGCCGCGGCGCCGCCGGCGCAUCACUCCGCUCCUGCUCCUCCCAUGGCCGCGACGCCUGCGACGGCGCCGGCGCCGGGGGCGACGCUCAGCCCGGAGUGCAUGGACGCGGUGCUCAACAUGUCCGACUGCCUGCCGUACGUCUCAAGCGGGAGCACGGACAAGCACCCGGACAAGGCCUGCUGCCCGGAGCUCGACGGCCUGCUGCAGUCCAACCCCGUCUGCCUCUGCGAGCUGCUCGCCGGUGGAGGGGACUCCUACGGCGUCAGCGUCGACUACAAGCGCGCCAUGGCGCUGCCGGGGGUCUGCCGCCUCAACGCGCCGCCACUCAGCGCGUGCGCAGCUUUUGGAGUCCCUGUUGGGCCUUCUUCAUCGCCAUUAACAGACGUCUCCCCAUCCGGUACUGGACCGCAAAUGCCUGAGAACCCGCCUUCCCUAUCGCCGUCCAAGUCGGCUGCCUCCAGCCGCUUCACUGCUCGUGGACUCGCCGCCCUCGCCGCGCUACCGCUCGCGAUCACGGCCGCCGCCAUGUUCUAGACCAACAAGAGUUUGGGGCUGUGACAUGUUCUCACACGUCUGGCCCGAUGAUUACAUUCUUCUCCAUUCUUGCCUCACAUUGUCUAUCGCCCGAGAGAUUUUUUUCCGGUUAAUUUUUUCCUUGUGAAUUGUGAUACUACCUCUUUUACUUGCUAUUGCUAAAGACGGUGACCUCCUGUGUA